AUGUUUGAUUUCGCAAUUGAGAGGGCGAAAGAGUUGGAUGGUCAUUUUGCCAAAACCGGAAAGGUGAUGGGUCCUUUGCAUGGUUUGCCCAUCAGUCUGAAAGACUCGUUCAAUGUCCCUGGAUUUGAUUCCACAAUCGGUUAUGUGUCAUUUAUUGAUAAUAACAAAACGAUCACACAGUUUUCUGAUUUUCCGCAAAGUCUGUGGGACAUGGGAGCUGUUUUUCAUGUGAAGACCAAUGUUCCCCAGACGCUGAUGACGACAGAGUCAACCAAUCAUGUGUGGGGCACUGUCCUGAACCCAAAUAAUAUUUCCCUCGGGGCAGGUGGUUCUUCAGGUGGUGAAGGAGCUUUGGCAAGAAUGAAGGGAUCCAUUGCUGGAAUUGGUACUGAUAUUGGAGGUUCCAUUAGAGUCCCAUCUGUUUGCAACGGGACUUAUGGUUUCAAACCCAGUUCGGGAAGACUUCCAUACGGCGGCCAGACCAACCAAAAUGAGAACGAUAUUACCAAAUUUGGAGUAGCAUGCUCUGCUGGUCCAAUGGCAAGUAAUUUCGAAGCGAUUGAGCUUAUUGUGGAAAGAGUUCUCAGAAACAAGCCCUACGACUAUGAUCCCGAGAUCAAAGUUGUGGAUUAUAACGAUGCAUUUUUGGAGUGGGAUGAUUCAAAAAAGCUCAAUAUAGGAUUUAUUCUGGAAGAUCCUCAAAUUCCAGUUUAUCCAAAUAUCAAAAGAUCUCUCACAGAGGCAGCUGCUUUGCUGAGCAAGGCCGGCCACAACGUUAUUCCCCUAACCUCCCAUCCCAGUAUCUAUGACGGCUGGUUCAACGCCAACCAACUUUUUUACUACGACAACUGCUGGGAUACCUGGAAGAACAUUGUUAUGGGCGGAGAACCUCCUUUGACCCUUUUAUCACAUUUUACAAUUCCUCCGUUCUCCUGGAGAACACUCAAGAAAUGGACUCGCAGAAGAGUCGAAUUAACCAGCGAAUGGCGUCAACUUUUCGUGGAAAAAAAACUUGACAUAAUACUUUGUCCUGGAUCACCAUCUAGUGCUGCUCCUCACAAUUGCUUUGGAAGAGCUCCAUAUCUCACCAAUUGGAACAACUGUGACUUCCCAGCCUGUAUCAUUCCAUUUGGAAAGCCACUUGAUUCUGACGAUAAGUUUGUUGACAUAGACACCACUUCUCCUCAGACCAAUAUCAAAUUGAUUCCAACCAAAAUUCCAUUUGAUCCAAUUAAGUUCAAAGGUGGAAUUGGUCAUGUCCAGAUCGUUGCAAGAGCAUAUGAGGAUGAGAAGUUGGUUGCAUGUGGAAAGAUUGUGAACCAAGUACUGCACCCACGAGGGUGA